AUGGUACUUAUCCUCGUCGCGAUUAUACUCCUCUCUCUUUUAUUAGCGGGAUGCUCAUCUUCAAGUCCACUCAUACCUUCUAUAUUUUUAAUAAAUCUAUGGUAUGACCGGUCGUCGCCUCAGUACGACCCUGCGCAAGUCGACCCAGGCGCAUCAAGAGCUAUUGGAAACAUUGUUGGAAAUGCACAGUUAGAGGCAAGAGUUGGCGCCAACGCCUCUUCCCUUGCCGCGCAAGUAAGCGUCGACCAGGACCCACUGAACCUGAUAUGGGUCGCCCAGACAUUCAAAGAGAGCAUUGUUUUCCCGUACCUAUUGAUUAUCGCUAUUAUUCUCGCCGCAGUUACGCUGCUUCUCCUUGCGACCUUCCCGGGAUACGAAGAAGAGUAUGACGGAGGUCCUGAGAUGAGACGACUCCCAAGUCGGGCCGUGUCCCAAAUUGCACUAGCAGUAAUAUUUGUCGCAGCUAUCUUUGUGCUAGUUUCGGUAUUAUGGCAACACACUGCGAGUGUGGCCGCGGCGACUAUUGCCGAAACCAUGGGCAAUGGAUCUGUUGCAACAGGCGUUGGCGUAACGGCUAUGGUCCUGGGCUGGUUCGGCUUUGCACUACUGAUUAUUGUGACCAUAGGAUUAUUAGUAAUGAUAUUAUCAAUGCAUCUUGUCGAGAAACUCACAGAUGAAGGGAUCUAA